UUAACCCGGAAGACACCUUUAUAGGGCGCAUUAGUGGUUUUUAUCCAGAAGUGUUAGGUUUGUAACAGUAAUCUCGUGUGUCUGUCACAAGCUGAUAUAAAAUGAUAUUUUCAUUUAAUUAUAGUUUAUAAUGACCUCAUUGCUUUAAAACAAAAACAUAUAUUAAUUUUCUUGUGACUGCUACUGGGAAAAUCGUCAUCAGUCUGUUUUGAAAGCUCAAGCUCAAGAUCAAGGUUGAGGUGAAGAAACUCGGAGACAGUGUGAAGAUGCCAACUCGAAACACUGUCAACAGUGGAGUUAAAUACUCCAAACUGGCCAGUGAUGAUGGAUACAUUGAUCUCCAGUUUAAGAAGAGCCCACCCAAAGUCCCUUACAAAGCCAUCGCCCUGGCAACGGGUCUCUUCCUCAUUGGCUCCAUACUGAUCAUUUUCGGAGCGCUCCUGUUAGCAGGAUACUUUGAAGUUAAUGAUCAUCGUGACCGCACCAUUCCUGUCCUCAUUAUCGGGAUCCUCGUUUUCCUCCCUGGUUUUUACCACCUGCGAAUCGCCUACUACGCCUCCAAAGGUUACCGCGGUUAUUCCUACGAUGACAUCCCUGACUUUGAUGACUAAGCACACGGGGACGUCCUGUCAGCCUACUGAUGUGAAAGAGAUUUGAGUCUUCUUUGCAUGCAGAGAGACACUGAUAUCUGCCGCAUGUAUGACAACACAGACUCAUUUUGUUUUACAUUUCAUGUACUGGGAAAGUGGCUUGAAUUCUUGAGCUAGUAUAAUUACUCAGGUGACGUGUUCAAAAGUGUUUUUAGGGAUAUUUCACCCAAAAUGAUAGCUUCAGUCAGCAUGUAUUUUUUGGGUGACCUAACCCUUUAUUGCUGUGGUUUCUUCCGAUCUGAAGCAGAGAGUAAUUCUGUUCUUAAUUACAUGCAAUGAUUCCAUGUUUAAAUGUCAUGUCACUGGAUUUAACUUUUUUUAUUAUUAUUAUUAUUAUUAUUAUUAUGUGAAUUAUUCCACUGCAAAGAAUGAUCUAUGAAAUUAUUUUUAACCAAUUUUUAGUUGUUUUCAUGGUUGUACGGUUUUAGAAAACUUCAGAAUUUAUAAGUCUGAGGUUUAAAAAGAACCCUGAAAGUAAAAUUACAUUUACAGGAAUGCUUCUUGUCAAUUUGAGCCCACGUUUGGAUUAUAAGUGGAUAUGCACACAAAAUAUCAACAUAACUGCAUUAAAAUUAUUUUGUUUGGAAAAGCUUAUUUUAAGACUAGAGCACAAUUUGUUUUAGAGAGAAUACAUAUUUAUAGUUGAACUGAAUAGUAUGCUGGGUAUAUUUUUUAUUAAGAAUUUUGUAUAAAAGUAUACAUCUUGUAUAAAGUAUAAAAGAUGAUAAAUAAAUACUGUCUGAUAGCUUGUUUGAAGAUAUAAAUGAAACGAAGAAAAUAAAAAGAGUCUAAUGC